AUGAAAUUAGUUAUCAUAUCGUACGUCUGUACAUUUUUAUUGUCCUCGACAGCAGAUGAAAACUGUGAUGACUUCAAAGUGGAGCAGAUACAAGUACUUUUUAGACACGGAGCUAGGACUCCCAUUGCAAAAGGAAUAAAGAUUUUGAAUAGCACAGAUUAUUCAGUGUAUGAACCUCCCGGCUUCGGAGAAUUGACGAAGGAAGGCAAGCUACAAGAAUACAGUUUUGGUAAAUUUUUGCGGACGCGCUACGCGAAUUUCUUGAAUUCUACUGAUGAAUUAAAGGAUGUUUACGGAUACGCGAGCGACACUGCCCGCACAAAAAUGUCGCUACAGUUAUUACUAGCCGGCCUCUAUCCACCAGAUAGAUUCGCUAGAUGGCACCCUCUUUUGAACUGGAGUCCUAUACCGUAUUCUUAUGCACCGGAGAAAUGGGAUAUUCUACUUUCAGCUUGCAAGAAUGUCAAGUUUUUGAAGUCGUACUUAAAAAUAAUACUAUCAGAAAAAUUUCUAGCUGAAAUUGCCAAUUAUUCCGAAUUCCUCGACUUCGUGGCAAAAAGUACGAAUGGUAUAAAAUCUCUGAUGAAUACAAUAAUGAUAUUCGAUAACUUAAUUUCUAACGAGUACAUGAAACUACCUCUACCAAUUUGGUAUACGACUGAAGUCAGGCAAACGUUUAUGGAAUUCGCGGCGUUCGUAUGGGAUUCGACGACAGCGACAACGGAGACAAAGAGAUUGGGAAUUGGCUCGUUGAUCAAAACCUUCGUAGAAAAUAUGAAUCUAAAUGGAACAAUAGAAAGACCUCGGAAAAUUUAUUUGUACGGAGGCCACGACAUGAACGUAGCCAUGUUCACGAGGUCUCUCGGCAUAACGGAAUUGCGCUAUCCGUUGUUCGGGAGUGCGGUGAUUUUCGAGAAGCUGCACGAUUCCAAAAGCCAUGUUCACGUGAGAGUUUUAUCUUGGGAUGGCCUUGGUAAUUUGCAAGCUUUGAAGCUCGGCAACGGGAAAACGUGCAGCCCCAUUGCUGAUUACUUAAACAUUGUCAAGCCAGUCAUACCAUCCGCAGAGGAAAUGGAUGCCAUGAUAGGAAUUCAAAGUCCUAAGGAGAUUCGAGAUGUGUUUUUCACCAGUGUUAACAGACCGCCGCACCUCUUCGAUGAAUUACGCAAUCUUUCCAGAAGUGUCUUCAACUCUAAAAUUCCUUCGCCUGUAGAUUUCUUUGGUUAUUUAUUUGAUUUGUAG